GCUUGACAUGUGUAGAUAUUCUGUGAACUCCAUUCCAGAGGCUGAUAUAAUAUGUUGGGAAGUGAGACCAUGUCAUUUAUGAAGCAGCUUCUACAAAUCAUCACCAUUUCCUGGUGACAAAGGACCCACCUCUGAUGGAGAAUGAUGAGUUUGCUAGUGCCCACCUUGGCUGGACUCCUGUGUGGGCAGGACCAAGAUGUUAUGGUUGGAGUGGAUCAAAAAGACAGCAAUGUAGAGGCUGAAGCACCAAGUAAAAGAGGGAUCCUGAGCCUGAAAUACCCCAUUGAACACGGAGUUAUCAGUAACUGGAGUGACAUGGGAAAGAUUUUGACAUCAUUCUUCCUACAGCAAACUCUGGUUUUGCUGGAGGAACAUCCCACCCUUUUGAAUCUGAAGGCCAACCAUGGAAAAAAUUACUCAGAUUCUGUUUAAAACAUUCAGUGUGCCAGCCAUGUGUGGAGCAAUUCAGGCAGUGCUGUCUCUGCCUUGGGACCAAUGACUG